GGAUGGGUACUAAUGAUAGAGGGAGAGGGAUAUUUCUCGUGAUAUUUGUUAUUAACUUGGAUCGAAAAAUACGUCUCUGUCUUCUUCUUUGAAAUAAAAUGAAUUGCAGGUUGAGCAAAGACACGGAUACAACAUCAAGUGCAAAGCAAGCAGCCAACGUAUUCAACCUUUUACUACCUGAGGUCGACACUUUGGAAUCCAACAUGUUAUCUCGAUUUGCAUAUGAUAUUAUAUCGUUUGUGGAGAAGCAAGUACAGGUCCAACCACGAUUAUUUGAACUAUUAUCCAAAAUCUGGAAUGUUCUUUCUACGACAGAUGCCCAAGCGGAUGGCGUUAUCGAGCAACUAUCAAAGUCUGAUUGGAACCCUCAGUCAGCCAUCAGUAUUGCAUCCGCGUUCAACGAAAUGGAACUAUCUCCUAUUCAGCUCGACAAAGUGUGCAAGCGGAUGAUCUUAGAGUUAGGAGAACUUGAUGUAGAAGAAACGCCUCCGUUUAUCUAUCAGCUAUUACUCUUAUCACGCAAGGGCAUGAAAAAGGAAGUUAUCAGCGGUAUCUGCAAACAUUUUAUUGCGCUGAAAAAGCAUGCCAGUGAAAGCGCUGCUACACCAAGUUUUCGGCGGAUGGAAGGAACUGUUAUGUUACAUAUGUCAUUUGCCAUUAAACAGGAUCAAGACCUCGGAAAAGAACUAAUUAAAUAUGUCUCUAAUGGAAAGACGGUGGCGCUAGAAACAUUCCCCAUCGCAUGUUUACUAUCCGCAGCAAGAAUUCAUCGAUUGGAGGAUACGAUAUUUGACAUUUUACAGAAAGCUAUUGUCAACAUAUACAAAGAUGGUGAAAAACUCAAACAGUGCGCUUGGAUUUCAGAUUUUUCGCGGAUAGAUGGGAAUCGUCUCCAUCAAGUCAUGAUGGAAAUUACUGAGAACUCGGCACAUGGAUGGGACCAGCUGAUUCAGUCAUUAACACAGUUAGCGAUGCUAUUAAUCGAUCAUGCAUCCACUCAAAGCUUUGUGCCCGGCAGACCUUCUUCAUCUUCCUCCCCUCCCCCUCUGCCUGCGAUUGAUAAGAGCAAACAAGGACCGUUGGAUUGUGCUACCCUACUGGGAAAAGAUAUCUUGUCAAAGAUGUUCGAGCUGCAUAGAAUUGUACGGUCUGAAAUCCUCGAACAGAUUACGGCCCGUAUCGUGUCACAUUCUCCAAGCACUAUGCAUUUUCUCGAUAUCCUGGAAACGAUUGUAGCAAAGGACUAUUAUGCCAUCGAGCCAUUUAUACCCAAUUUGAGAGAUACCUUGGAUUAUCUUUCCUUGCUUCCAUACGUGACAGCAGAACGGCUGCUGACAACUAUCCAACCUGUAGCAAGCAGAAAUGACCAAUUCCGGGAUGGUUUAAUGCUCGUGUUACGUAAGAGCAUGUUUGCAAAAGACUUGAACGGACGAAUGGUUUCUGUGAAUGGAUUUCUUGCCCUCCUGUCCAAUGUCUUUUCCCAACAAAAUUCCUCUAACUAUUCUCAAGGCAUUGCUUAUGAAAUCUUGGGAUUAUUACGACGAUGUUUUAAUCAACAAGCUGAGAUUCGAGCUACUGCCUACAAGGGCCUUGCAACUCUAUCACAACAUAAGGAUAUCGCUGGCGAUAUCUUUGAAAUCCUUUAUGCUCAAUUUCAGAGAGUAUACGAAAAGGAUCGUGGCAUGGUCACACCUAUUCGACUCGACGUAUGUGUCGAAAACUCUCACAAUGGUGGUGCCCCCAAAAUAGCCGAACCAAUUCAUAUACUUCUAUCCAGUCUAUUCCAGUCGUUACGCAACUUGGAAAAAUGUCUCAAUAACACUAGCAACUCUGUCAUCACCGAUCAAGUCAGCAAGUGUCGCAGCGACUUAGCAUCGCUAGUGUUUCGACUUUCAAAAUCAGAUUUGGAGGAUUAUGAGUUGGACAAGACUGCAGAUUUGGACUUGGCAACUCAUACUGGCAUGCGGAACAACAUCUAUGCGGGUUUAUUGCAAGGCACUUAUGAAGCGGCCAUGGAGUAUGAAUACUUUGGUCCUCAUGAAUCAUUGGAAUCCUUUCAAACGAUAUUGAACCUGUUCAAGAAACGGAUGGAUGCGGCUGCCUUGUUGAAGGAAGGCUCAUCCAAUGACAAAGGACGUAAGAGCGUAGCCGUGCAAGCUGAAUACUCUGUCUCUUCACUCGAUUUCUUGACGGAUGUGACUCGGCGAAUGUUUACUGAAGGAAGUGUUCAAAGACCUAUUCGAGCAUUGCGUGGCGACAUUGGUUAUGUCCAGUACAUUGUGCUAAGCAUUCAAACGGCUCUCAAAAAGACAACCUUACAAGGUGGCAUCCAGGAACGUAGCUUUGACCGAUGUACAGAGCUGGGCAAGUUAUGUCUGAACAUUCUGAAAUCCGAAGAUAGUGACAGUAGCUUUGUCAAUCAUCAAGCUAAAAAAGGACACUCGGUGUUGGAAUCGAUCUGGGAUACAUUCAGGAACAUUUGCGAGACCGUGCUACAGCUAUGGCCGGACCAAAUUGUAACCUUAUUUUCACGCUUGACAGGAUCGCCGAUGGAAACAGUUGAGGGCAGCCAUAUCAACACUCAAGUUUUCAAUGUUGUCAAAAUCAUUGAGGAAAUUAUGACCAAAUAUCUCAGCGACAGAACACCUCUGUACAAGGAAGCUGCAAAUCUUAUGCAGGUUGUCGUAUUUCUGUCUAAGCGCAUGGAUAGAAAUGCAGGUGGCUGUGACUUUCGAGAACGGACAAUGCACAUGACCAAAUGGCUUGAAUCAAUCAUCAAGGAACGGCCCAUCGAAGACACUGCAUUGGCCAAACAAAUCAUCAACCUGUAUAUCCAGCUAAGUGCUGAAAUUAAUGAUUUCAAGCCAAUAGUAUAUCUUGCUCAAGACCUGCAUACAAUUCAUGGCGAUUUGGAUUUUGACCAACCAGUGACUAGCGGUGAUGAAGAUGAGGCACAGGUGCAGUACAUGAUGAUCAACAUCAAGACUUGUAGUCCCAUCACGCUACAGCUGCUGUCGUUCAUGGAUCAGCUAAACGACGAUAUGAUAUGGGGUAUCGGUCGACUCAAACUUGCAGCCUCAACAGACGCUAAUAAUAUACACGAGUUUGAAAAUGCCAUGUGUGGACGCUUGAUAUUUCAUCUGAAUAUCAUGAGUGAGUUUACAAAAGCAGUGUUACUGGGCCAGCAUGCUGAAAACUUGAUCAAGACUCUUAUCAAGACAUACAAGACACUUUCUACGCUCAUCAAAUACAAACUGGUAUCACGGCCGAAAGAAAUAUCGGAUGACUUUACCAUGGUCGUCAUGGCUGCUUGUACACGCGUUACCGACAAAAUGUACCGAUUCCUGACAGUAUAUGGUCAACAUCACGAACAUAACGCUGCAGGCGCCAGCGGCACAUCCACAGCAAAAAAGAGAUCCAAGGACGGUAGCAACAAGAAACAAUCGGUUCACAGCAAGGAAAAGGCCAAAAUCUUGCGCGAAUCCAAAAUGAUUCCUAAAUUAAUUUUUGAAGUCGAGGAGUUCGAACGGCACUUGAUCCAACUGACUCGCAGAUCCAACAAAGAUUUGAUGCAACACAUGAAGCGCAGCACUUCACGCGAUUUUAAGAUCAACUUGAAUUCGAUCGAAGCAGAGCCACGAGAAGAGAGCGCGGAUGAAGAUGACGAUAGAGCUGCCAAGGAAGAAGCCAUGCAAGAUUAUUUGGCAGAAAAUCGACAAGAGGAUAAUGGUGAAGAAGAGGAAGGAAGCAUUGGUGAUGGUGGCAGUGGUAGAGCUUCCAAGCGAGCACGGGUAGUUUAAAUAAACAUGUAAAGUAACUCUUGUGUAGUAAAUAGCAACGAAAACAAAGAUCUCACUUAUUGUACAUUACAACUCUUGGAAUAUAUGAAAAUACA